UCCAUCCAAACAGGCCGAGGAACCGCACCACGGUUCAUCGUCAAUUCCCAUGCUCCCCUCUCAAAGGGCGGUAAGCUCACCGCUCUAGUCGCAGUGAAGGGGGGCAAAAAAAAGAUAAAAAAAACCCACUCUUUUUCUUCAAACUCCUCAAUCUCCCUCCCUCCAACUGUUAGAUCCUCAAUAUUUGAAGAGACGGAUCCGCGAUUGUGAAAUAAAUUAGGGGUUUAGGGUUUUUUACUAAUUUUUCUUGCGUCUGGAUCCCAUGGCUGCUCCUCCUGCUAGGGCAAGGGCUGAUUACGAUUAUCUUAUCAAGCUUCUCUUGAUCGGCGAUAGCGGGGUUGGUAAGAGUUGUCUCCUUCUCCGUUUUUCUGAUGGGUCCUUCACCACCAGUUUCAUUACAACAAUUGGAAUUGAUUUUAAGAUAAGGACAAUUGAAUUGGAUGGCAAAAGGAUCAAGUUGCAAAUCUGGGAUACAGCUGGGCAGGAGCGAUUUCGAACUAUUACAACUGCUUACUACCGAGGGGCCAUGGGUAUCUUGCUUGUGUAUGACGUUACCGACGAGUCAUCUUUUAACAACAUAAGGAACUGGAUCCGGAACAUUGAACAGCAUGCCUCUGAUAAUGUCGAUAAGAUUCUUGUGGGCAACAAGGCUGACAUGGAUGAAAGCAAAAGGGCGGUGCCUACCUCCAGGGGACAAGCUCUUGCUGACGAAUACGGCAUUAAGUUCUUUGAAACGAGUGCAAAGACAAAUCUAAAUGUUGAACAGGUUUUCUUUUCAAUAGCUAGGGACAUUAAGCAAAGGCUUUCAGAAACUGAUAACAAACCUGAGGAACAGGCAAUCAAAAUUAACCAAUCAAAGGCAGGCGAAGGACAAGCAGCCCAAAAAAGUGCUUGCUGCGGGUGAAGCUAUUUAUGUGGGAGGUUUGUCAUUAACUAUUGGGGAAGCUGAUUUGCUUGAUGUAUAUGAAAUAUGAUGUAAUGGAGAUAAACUGAUAAAUUUGGUCGGCGUUUGUAUUUUGGUCGAUCUUUUUUAUUUUCUAUUUUGUCCUAGUAUGGGACAGCUAUUUAUAGCGGCAGCUGCGGUUAUUGACAACAUCGAUAAUUUUAUUUCCUUUCCUUUUACCCUCCCGGUUUCUAUAGCCUUCGCAGGUUUUUAACUUCAUCCUUAAAACAGCUUGUAAUGUUUUCAAUAAGCAGCGCUCAUUUUCCUAC